GGCGCAAGUUGUUUCGAUCGUGGACACUGAGUUUACAAUCUCAGUUGUCGGCAGUUCACUGACUUUCGCGUGAAAAAUUUUGUGGAUUGGUUAUUUAAAAAUGGCGGACGCUUCGUCUUCCGAUACUACCUCAGAUUAUUUCAACGAAUGUUUUUCUGAUAUUUCAUCAGAAAAGUCCACGGAAUACGUUGUCGGUAGCCAAAGGACGAGCCUUAUUACACGAAGGAGCGAGAGAAACUUUUUACAGAAGCUCUUCACGCGUGAGAUAAGAGGUUCAUUAACACAGCACAAUUAUGCUCCAGAGGAAAGACUGUUCACAACAAUACCUUCAUGGUGUCAUUUGUCGUUGUUACAAGUUAUUCCCAAAUCUGCUCUUCAAGCUGGCCAUAUCGUUAUGGGUCUCACACAAUGCGGACGGUUUUUAUUAACAUAUACUUAUAAUCUUGAUGUUGGAGUUCCAGGAAGUUUUUUCAAGUAUUUUUUACAUUGGUGGGCUUUUACUCCAAAUAGAGUAGCCCGAAAAGUAGCUGAAGUUACUUUAUUCGGUAAUUAUAGUAUUUACAAAGAGCUUAGUAUUGUUAUUGCUCAGUGGCCAACAGAGAGAAAUAAAUUAGUAAUACAUGGCCUCUGUUCUAAUUUUCAAACGCAGCCUCAACAAACGGAUAAAGCAUUUGUAACUAUAACAACGGUCCCAUCUCUAAGCAAUUGCACAGAUUGCCAAAGUAUAGCAUCUUCAUACGAAGAAGAUGAUUUGGCAGCAAAUUGGGAUACCUGUGUGCGCUGCAAUUGUCUGCAACAUGGCCUCACGGUACACACAACAUACGAAGUGAUCUCACCUUAUCCGAAAUUUCGUGCUCUUGUAUGUUUGAAUUAUUCUAAUCAUAUUGUGGUUAAUACGGGAAAUUUCUUACAUGUACUGAGGGUAGAUUUAGACAAUGUUAAUAUUAAUCAUCAGAAAAUCAAUGACAAACAGGAUGCAUCUCUUGUUGACAUUGAACAGUUAGAUGUUAUUGGUGUUGUUGAAUCAGAAGAAUCUAAGGCUGAACACUAUGAGAAUUUAGAUGACAAAGGCUUAACUCCAGAAAGUAUCUCUGUUGUUUCUCCAAAAUGCGAUUCGACAAUAACAGAGUACGAUUUUAAUGACGAACCGCAAUGUAGGGUGUACGAUCGAAUAGAAAACGAACAUUUGAUAAAUACCUCUAGCAGUAAUCAAAGCGAUUAUGUCUGUGAUAAUAAUAAGUUUAGUAUUAGUUUGAGUGAAAAAGUAUGUAUGUGUUCGGAUAAUAUGCAGUAUCAGUGUGGUAACUCCAGUAGUUCGAAUUCUCAUUCAGAGCAGCAGGCAAUUUCCGUUAGAGACAAAAUUUUACAAGACUUUUGCGAAGAUAUGUCACAAGAAUUAAGUAUAGGAAGUGAUCUUAUAACAUUGGUAAAACAUCCACCAUGCUCUCCGAGGUCUACUCCUCAAAGGCUACCACCAGAUUUGAAACCUGGUACAUGGUCAUCGCCUAUACUCAUACCACCAUCUGAUAUUUUGAAAACGCGUAAUUCAGAAUCUAGUCACAGGAAUUCUCCGCAACCCAGUGCUUCUCAGGGUAAUUCUUGUAUUAAUAUCACGUCAAUAAAUUCACCUCUUCAGACUCUUUCUAUAGGAACUACUACGUCAUCUUCUCCUCGUUUGAUGUCACCGCCAAUCACAAGGUCAUUCAGGCACUCGAAUUCCCGAAAACGUUCCAAUAUUGUCUCACCCACGUCAAAUUUAAGUUCCCAACCACGAACUCGAGCGAGUCAUAAACUUAAUCUUGAAGCAGAAAAAGCAUACGAAUUUACAGACGAUGCCCAAGAAACCUGUGAAAAACUCAGUUCGUUUAGGAAACGUCGACUCGCUGAUAAAAAAUACGAAUUUUGUGAUGAAACUGAAGAUGCCGAAAAUAUAGUUCCUUUUAAACAUGUUCGCGAUCAAUCCAAACAUCGUGGAUGUUCGUUAUAUCAAAUUUCACAGGUUGCCUCACCCUUGCCUAAUGGUAGACGCCAUCAAAUUGAUUCGGAGCAUAGCGAAUCAGAGGAUUUUAACAGUUCUCAGGAUUCGCAUAUACUUAGUGAUAUUUCAAUAUUUGACAUGACUGAAAAAAAUGUAUUACGACCACUUAAUCAGAAUCAAUUGCCUAAUCUUUGCCGUGAACGGGCUAAUAAACCAUACUUAAGCAAUGUUUCACCUUUGGUUCCUAAAGCUACUUUACAAUAUCCUAUUAUAAAAUGCACGUCCCACUUUAAACGCAGUUAUAUUGAUUUGGAUGACGAAAGAACUUCUGUUAUUACGGAUGUUGAAGAUGAAGAAACCGGUGGAUAUGUAAGCUAUCAGUGCGUGCUUCCUAUGCAGGUUCAUGGAGCAGAUUAUGUUCAAAUGGGAAUGAUUAGUAAUGCCAAAGCGGAAAAAUUGAAUGUACCGUGUGUUUCAAUUCAUCAGAUGAGUUUUGAUAUCGAAACGUUUUCUCAUCAUAUCGCAGACUGGCAAUGUAAAUUGUUUAAAAAAAAGUAUUGGCACUGUAGUGACUAUGAUAUAGAAAUCAUUGACAUUUGUGCCCUUACUGGUGAUAUCAUUCUUCUGCUUAUUAUGAAAAUUCAAACGAGUGAACAAUCUAGCCAAGGACAAAGUACCGAUGAUAGGAAACAAUAUGUCGCUGGUUGCAAAUUUACGUGGAAUGUUGACUCCAAUCAAUAUAGAUUAACGGAUAUUUUGAAACUUAAAGAAGUUAAGCCUGAUUCUGUACGUACCGAUAAGUCACACAUUGGAUCUCCUAGUGUACCAUGGAAUCCGACGAAACUUAUAGCACCACAAAUGAGACAGAAGAUUCAACAACCUUAUGCUCGCCGUAUUCGUUACUUAAGCAACGAAUUAACUUUAGCAGAUGAAUCUAUUACAAGAUUAAAGGACUUCGAUAACCUCAUAGAGUUUUAUAUUACGCCGAUGCCUAAUUGUUCUUAAGUAAAAUAAUUAAUGCAAUAGAAGUAAUAAAUUAUUCAUUAAAUGAUAAAAUCAUUGUUCU